AUGAAGUUGUUGGCUUUACUCCUGGACUCCUCGGCGAUUGCCACCCUUCUACUCGCUGUAACAACGGGCUAUGUGGUCUAUCAGGUCUUCUUUUCUCCGCUAGCUGCAUUUCCUGGCCCUUUCUGGGCCAAGGUUACCUACUGGUAUUGGGCCUGGCGAUCGAUGAGAGGACAGGCUCAUCGUGAUCUUGUCAACCUCCAUCAAAGAUAUGGCUCGGUGCCUGAAGAGGCUGGAGGCAAGUUCCGCAAAUCCGCCGUACACGAUACAGUCACAGGAACGCGACCUUUUGAUCUGCUUGCUCAGAGAGACGAGAAGAUCCACUCUGGGCAGCGAAGACUGGUGGCUUCAGCUUACACCAUGGACUCGAUUGUUUACCUCGAGCCCAUGGUGGACUCCCUCAUCGUUUCUACCAUGGAGAAGCUCAGUACACUACCUGGUGAUAUUGAUCUAGGAGGGUGGAUCCAGCUUUUUGCAUUCGAUGUCAUCGGAGCAAUUAGCUUCUCCCGGCCGAGCGGUUUUAUUGAAGCCGGAGAUGAUGGUGGAAUAUUCAGGAGAAUGCAGAACUCACUGUCAUCUAUCUCUUGGCUAAUGUACGUCGACUGGUUCUACUCCCUGUACCAGCGACUGAUGCCGGUGAUCGGAAACUGGCUAGCCGCCAACGAUCGAAACGGGCAUUUCUUCAACUUUGCUCGACAGGAGAUCACCGCGCGGAAGGAUCGCGCCGGCAACACAAAGGAUAUGGCCAGUCAGCUAUUUGCAGUGCAGCAUACUAAAACCGAGUUAGACGAUACUAAUAUUGCAUUUAUGAUGGCAUCUAAUGUCCUUGCUGGCUCGGACACUACAUCAACAUCGGCUCGUGCAGUGAUCUACCUGCUUCUGAAGAACCCCAAAUCCCUGCAGCGGCUGCUGGACGAAACAGAAGAACGAAAAUCAGACGGAAGGUUGAGUUACCCGGUUAAGUUCCAGGAAGCAGAGUCUUGGCCUUAUCUGCAGGCGGUAAUGUAUGAAGCGAUGCGACUAUAUCCCGCUGUUGGAAGAAAUCUGGAUAGAGAUGUGCCAGCAGGAGGACUUCGAAUCGGAGAUCACUGGGUCCCCGAGGGUGUAAGUUUGUCUUUUCAUUGUUCUUGCACCAGUAAAGUAAUGAUACUUUUCCAGACCAUGGUGGGUUCGACUGCCUGGGCCAUCCACCGGAUUCCUGAAAUUUGGGGACCUGAUGUCGAAGACUUCCGUCCGGAGAGAUGGCUUGACGAGGAAUAG